AUGUCACCACUUCUGCCGUCAUCCCUGAAUGGUGGUGAACCCAAAGGCCUUUCUCUUACUCGCAAGCUCGUUCUGCUAUGGAUGUUCUGUCUUGCUCAAUUCUUGGACGCUUUCAGUCUCGCAUCUCUCUUUUCUGCGAUUCCUACACUCGAAGGCUUAACUUUUUCAUCAUUCCUGCUUAUUAGUGGCCGUCUGAGCGACGUAUACAACCCAAAAAUUGUGUUCAUCGGAGGAGUGUCCAGCCUGGGGGUACUCUCGCUGUGCGCCGGAUUUGUCGAUGACAAGAUUACGAUCCUUGUUCUCAGAGCAUUGACUGGAAUAGCUUCUGCAAUGACGAUUCCCUCUGCCCUAACACUCGUCGUCAAGUUAUUUCCCGAUCCGCUCGAACAAACUCGAGCAAUAGGGUUCUUCGGAGGCUGUGGCGCAAUCGCUAAUAUUAGCGGUCUCGUGAUCGGUGCAAUGUUCGUCCAAUGGGCGUCUUACCAUUGGGUCUUCUGGUUUGUAGCGUGCAUAGCUUUGCCGGUGGCUCUGGCUUGUGUUUUCAUCAUACCAUCACAAAUUGGAGAGUGUGCAGACACUCUUGAGCCUGAAGAGGCGAAAUGGGAAAAUCUCGAUUUACUCGGCAUAGGUAUUCUAACCGUUGCCUUCAUCUUGUUCGUCUUCGCUGUGUCAUCCGGUUCAACUAAUGGUUGGACAUCUCCAAUGGUGUUGGUCCUCCUGAUCGUAUCAACUUUAAUGGUGGUUGGUUUUUUCUACUGGGAGACGCUCUUGCCUGUGGAAAAAGCUGCAAUACCACCCCGAACGUGGUUUUACAACAACUUCUCCGUGCUGUUCGCAGUUGCACUCUUGCCAUACUUCUGGUGGAACACGGUGAUGACAAUGUUCAGCACCAUGUGGCAAAGUGUGUUCUACUGGUCGGUAAUAUCGUCGGCCAUACACAUGUUGCCACUCGGUAUCUUAGCUUUCCCUAUGACUUUUACCGGACCACUUUGUCGCAUCUUCAGUCCAAAGUGGAUUAUUCUCACCGGUUUGUCAUUGUGCAUGGUCGCUACCGUAUUGCUGGCGCUUGGUGGGGGGAGGCCCGAGAACUAUUGGUCGUAUGUGUUCCCGGCUUUUUCAAUAGGCACCGUAGGAGUCACGUUGACUUAUACACAUACGAACAUUGCUAUUUUGCAAGCUGCGCCUUCAUCUAUGGCUGGCACAGUUGGCGCCAUAUUUAACGGCGCCCUUCAAUUUGGAUCCGCUAUUGGCCUCGCUGCUAGCAGCUCGAUAGAGACAUCCGUGGAGGCCACCCAUGGGGGUUCGCAUGAGUACGCAGGACGAGCGGCCACAUGUUGGUUCAUCCUUGGAAUCGUGGCUCUUCAAUUCAUUUCGAUAUCAAUAUUUUACGACCGCAGUACGGACCACCAACCCCGACCAAAGCAUGACAGCCCCCCGUAA